GUAGUUUCUUGAAUGCCGUUGUGAAAUUACGAGACUUGCUUUUUGUAAAUUUAUUUAGAUAAAAAAAUGUUGAAAUAUUUCUGCGUCCUUCUUUUCAUUUGUUGUGGUCGCAGUUUGGGCGAAAUUUCUUCACCCGGUCAUCACCACUUUCUGAUACCGUCUUCCUCCGAAGAGGAUGACAGUAGAGAAGCAUUUGUUCCAAAUCCAUCGUUUCUCGUGGCCAACGAUUCGGAAGUGAAAAAUAUUACUAGACCGACAUGUGAACAAAUGCAAGCUUCGCCCGUCCUACUUCCACCGAAUUAUAACAAACUGGACUCAAAAGACUUUACAUAUGUAAAUGUUGCGCUUUUCAUCCGGUCAAUUCUGAGUAUUGAUGAGUACAAUGAGGAAUUAUUAGUGGAUGCUGAUUUGUCGCUGAGAUGGCUUGAUAUGAGGAUCCUCGAAUACUACAGUGAUCUUAACUGGACUAAUCCAUGCACGGGGAAACGAAUGGAGAAUUUUAUUCUAGACGGUGAUGCGUUGAAAUUGAUCUGGAAACCGGACAUUUUCAUAGAUAAGCUGGCAUCCGUCGAGAAAACAUCAAUUCUAAGCAAGCUGAUUCAGUUAGAAAUCAUUACCAAACAAGAGAAUGAUACUCGAGACGACUAUGGCGACGUCGUCUACAGUGCUAGAUUAAACUUGAAGCUAAGAUGCUUUAUGGACUUCACGCAUUAUCCGGCAGACACGCAGGAAUGUUUGUACUAUAUUCGAAGUUAUUCCUAUGACAAUCAAAUAUUACUUUUGCAAUGGAAAAAGUCCAACGCAUAUCUAGAGGAUCCAAACGACGCCAAUUUUGACAUACAACUUUUUGAUGUGGAACCCACAGAAAAGUAUAGCCGGAUCAAUAUUGAGGAAAAGUUUGACUAUUACAGACAGGGAAAUUACUCUGCUCUUCGUUUCGGGCUGAAGCUUAGGAGAAAUCUCAGUUAUCACAUUGUCCAAACUUAUCUACCGUCAACACUACUUAUCCUGAUAACUUGGCUGUGUUUCCUUAUCCCUGCCAGCAUGGUGGAAGCUAGGAUCGGAAUUUCAAUGACAACGCUCCUCACGCUGACCGCCAUGUUCGCCUCGGUCAGAGAGCAGUCCCCAAAGGUAUCAUACACCAUGGCGAUUGACAUACACAUGGUGUUCUGCAUCUUCUUCGUUUUCAUCGUGUUGCUUCUGUUCACUUCUACUUAUUGGGCAAAACGCAGACUUACCAAGAAGGAACAAAGAAUUGUCGAUAUGGAUUCUGACAAAGUUUCCCUCCAUGUUAUGGCCAGCGCUAACGUGGAGACUUAUCAAAGGCUGGUUGGUUUCACACAAAAAUAUGGCUUUCGAGUAUUUUCGGUGACAUUUAUCUCUGUCGUCGUAACGUAUUGGACCUGGCUUCUCGUCGCGUCUGACUACUUUAAUUGGAACCCCAGUAUCAAGUUUAAUAAUUUGGCAGGGGAUGAAGACGGGCAAGGAAAUGAGAGAUCUUCAAUUUGGUUGCGAGGAAAUAACAUUCUUCAUCUGCAAGAACCUCCGUUCAAUUACACUUUCCCACAGGAUGAUUAAACUGAUGGUUGAGACACUUUUUUAAAAUUAAUGAUUACAUUUGUACAUAGACAUUCAAUUUUUUGCUUGAACUGUAAAACCUUUAACUGCAAUUAUGGUGGUCAAUGAACAUAUAUAUGUACAGCCAUUAAUGAAUAAAAUAAUAAUACAAAAGGUG